UGCCACCCAAUAUUGAUGACUCCGUGUCGUCGAGUGACGUGAUCGUCCGGGAAGGUGCCAACGUGACGUUGCGCUGCAAAGCGACCGGAAGUCCUCCACCGUCGAUAAAGUGGAAGCGCGACGAUAACACGAAAAUUGCCAUCACUCGGAAUAACAGUGUAGUCCUCGAAUGGGAAGGCGAUGCCCUGACACUGUCGCGAGUGUCACGCUACGACAUGGGCGCCUACUUGUGCAUAGCAACGAACGGAGUACCGCCGAGUGUCUCGAAGCGCAUUAAAGUCAGUGUUGAUUUUCCACCGAUGCUCUGGACCCCGCAUCAGCUGGUCGGCGUCCCGGUCGGCUUCAAUACAACCAUCGAAUGUAACAUAGAAGCCCAUCCUACCUCACUCAACUACUGGACGAGGGAGAACGAUCAGAUGAUACACGAUUCGCAAAAGUACAAAACCGAAACAAUUCCCGGGAACCCUUCGUACAAAGCCGUAAUGCGAUUGCAUAUAGCCGACGUGCAGCACAGUGACUACGGUGUCUACAAGUGCAUCGCUAAGAAUCCUCGCGGCGAAACGGACGGCAGCAUCCGGCUGUACU